CCGACGCGGCGAGCCACAGGGAACGAUGUCGUCUGCAGCAAUGUCGAAAAAGAACAAGGGGAAGAAGGUCGCAGACCCCAAUGAGACGUCAAAGCUUUUGGCUGCGAAAAUAUCCCAGUUGGAGCAGGAUGCUGCUGGGGAGAAGGAUCAGGAGGCAGAAAUCGAGCGCGAAGUCAAGAAGGCGACGCGAGACCUGAACCAACUUCUUAGCAACAUCGAAUCUCCGAUGACGCGGCUCGAGACUGUCCAUAAGAAGUAUACCGAGCUCCUGGCCGAUAUGAAGAAGCUGGACCGCGACUACUCCAAAAGCAAGAAGCGGGCCGAUCAGCUACAGAAGGACCAGGACAAGGGCAAAUCGGAGCUGAGCAAGACCGUCACCAUGAAGGAUAAACUUGAGAAACUGUGCAGGGAGCUUACGAAGGAAAACAAGAAAGUCAAGGACGAGAAUAAAAAGCUUGAGGAAACGGAGAAGAAAGCGCGGCUCAUUGUCAACGAACGUCUUGACUCCCUUUUGUACGAUAUCCAAGACGUCAUGGCUGCCAAGGGAAAUCCCCGCAGCGACAAAGCGGACAUUGAUUUGGACGAAGCUCUACGUGCGAAGAUAAAGACAAUUGGCGAGAAGUUCGAGAUGCGGGAAUUACAUUACAAGGCACUUCUUCGCAGCAAGGAUGCGGAGAUACAAUGCCUUACCGCCAAGUACGAAGAGCAGCGCCGUUCGGCAGAAAAUGAAGGGCAGCGUUGUCGGGCUCUGAGCUCCCAGGUCUCUACGUUUUCGCAUACGGAAGCCGAACUGCGCAGCCAACUCAACAUCUACGUGGAAAAGUUCAAGCAGGUGGAGGAUACGUUGAAUAACAGCAACGAACUCUUUCUUACGUUCCGGAAAGAAAUGGAGGAAAUGUCCAAGAAAACCAAACGGCUAGAGAAAGAAAACCUCACCCUCACACGGAAGCACGAUCAAACGAAUCGCAACAUACUUGAAAUGGCCGAGGAGCGCACACGGAAUCACGAGGAGCUGGAAAAGUGGCGAAAGAAAAGCCAUCAUCUUGAAGCACUCUGUCGCCGAAUGCAAGCUCAGGGUCGUGGCCAAGGACUUGCUGCCGAUUUGGACGGCGACGAUGAGGGAACAGAAAGCGAAUAUGAUGAAGACUAUGAGGACGAGGAGGAUGACGAAGGAAUCAGCGACGAUGACUACGAGCUCGAAGGCCCCGAAGGCGACAUGAACGGCGACCGCGGCGUUCCCCAACAACCCGAAAAGCCGGUGUUUGGGCCACCCCCGCCACCCAACCUGCUGGAAGCGCGAGCCAACGGGAAUAAGGCGAUGAUCAAUGGGUGCCAUUAGCGCCCAUGCCGUCGAUAUUAUGUUUUCGUUUCUUAUGCUUCCUUGAGCUUGUCGCCAAUAGUGACUGCGAAUGGCCUUCCGUCUGCGAUACGUAUGCCGCAGUCGGGCCAGGUGGUUUUCACCCUUUUUGUUCAUCUGUGCGGCAGUUGACUUUGAUGAGUUGAAAAUAUACUUCCCCCAAGGCGUGCACUGGCGACAGCACAGUGUAUAAUUCGCAUGACUCGGGGACUUUCCUCCUGUAUACUGAUCUAGUAUUGGUUCAGCCAUAUGCAAGAGGAUAGAUGGCAACGCUCAUCUAGGUCAAUGCCGGCCAUGAGCUACAAUAGGCACUAUAGCAAUUGUGGGAUUACAGGCCGUGGCCCUGAAUUUUGUUCGCUUUCUUAUUUCGUGUACUUGUACAUGCUAGAUCACAAACAUCUAAACGUACUUAUUACGUUAUCAUGAAAAUU